AUGCCCACCACGAACCAAGCGCGCCAUCGUCGCGAGCUUACCUCCAACAUCGAUAUGCCAGUCUCCCGUACCAUUCUCGACCAAAUCAAGAGGCUCAUACCACCUCUGGACGGAACUUUGCACAAGGGCCAGUCCGGCCGCGUUGGCGUUUUAGGUGGUGCGUUAGACUAUACAGGGGCCCCGUACUUCGCUGCGAUUUCAGCUCUCCGAUUUGGUGCCGAUUUAUCCCAUGUGAUAUGCUCUCCUACUGCAGCUGGUGCAAUCAAGUCGUACUCCCCAGAUUUGAUUGUUCAUCCUAUUUUGAAUGAAGCUUCAUCCUCAGAGGACGUUAAACCUGAAUUGAAAUCCAUACUAUCACGACUACAUGUCCUCAUUGUUGGUCCUGGACUAGGAAGGGAGCCUUACAUGCAAACAUUCGCCAAGAUGGCUGUUUCAAUAGCCAGAGAGCAAGGCAUGUUCAUCGUGCUCGAUGCUGACGGGCUAUACAUGAUAGGGAAAGACAGAUCCGUCAUACAGGGUUAUCGACGAGCCGUUGUCACGCCCAAUGUGGUCGAAUUCAAACGGCUGAGCGAACAGGUCGGAAUUGACCCCGACACCCCGAGUGACAAGCGAUCUGCUCUGGUAUCAAGGAAGCUGGGGGGUGUGACUGUCUUGCAGAAAGGGCCUCAAGAUAUGAUUUCCACUGAUUCUACAGGGGAAGAGGCCGACCUACCUUCCAGUCAGCUGAAGGACGCCGACGCUCAAUUUGAGCAAGCUAAAGAAACCGUCUUUGUAGACAUAGAGGGCGGUUUGAAGAGAUGCGGUGGGCAAGGUGACGUACUGAGUGGGACAGUUGGAACUUUCAUGGCGUGGGGGAAAUGUUAUGAAGAUGGUGCCUUUGGUUUACCUACAUCUCGCAUUCCAUUACUCGCCGCUGUCGGUGGUAGUAUGGUUACGCGGACAGCCAGUCGUAUCGCGUUUGCUAAAAACGGGAGAAGUCUAGUGACGGAAGACAUGCUUCCAGAGAUCGGGAAAGCCUUUUCCCAGGUUUUCGACGAGAAAAAAACAGAAGGAAAACUGUAA